AGUCUGAUAAAACCUCGGCAUUCCGCAACUUGCAAACAUUUACAAAAUGUCUUGGUUUGGAGGUGACAAGGACUCCUCUAAGGAGGACCCAAACAUGACGUUGAUGGCCAGGGCUGAAAAGUUCCAAAAGGACCUUGACGUGAUGCUCACUGACGUUACUCGCAUGAGUUUACCUUUGCAAAAGGAAUCGUUUCUCUGUUGCGCCGGUUGUUUCGACUUGGAUACCAGCAAUUUGGAGAAUAUAACCGACUGCGUCAAAAGGUGCCAAGAUAAACCCGAAAAGUUUGGAACCAACGUACAAAACGAGCUCAAUCAACUACAAAAUAUUCUGCUAAACUGCCAACAGAAAUGCCUGGAAGACUUUUCAUCGCAGUCCAAGGCGCAGGAGAUGGAGCGCUGCGCAAUCAAAUGCUACGACAAGAACCAAAAGUUGCUGGGCGACAUCAAGAGCAGACUCAAGAGCUUUUACGACAGCCUCUAGCCGGUACUGCCAUGCCAAUGCUGACCCUUGACGGUUCUGAAGACCACGGAAGGAAUUUGUCAAACUCCACUCUGGUGGAGGACCGCACGUUAAGCGCCCAAAUGGGCAUUAAGUUUUUCUUU